AUGGAGGUGACCACCGUGUGCCCAUCUCCUGCCUCACCCACUGAAGGGGACGAUCUCUGUGAGGCAGAUGUCACCAACGUGGCCAUGCACAGUGUGACACUGCUCAUCUGCCUCUGUGGGCUGGCUGGGAACGGGGCUGUCAUUUGCCUCUACAGCCUGCAAAGCCGUACCUAUGCCAUCUUUAACCUGGCUGUUGCUGACUUCCUUCUCUUCACAGUCCCCUCUGGCCUCCUCCUCCUGGUGGAGGACCUGUCCUGCACUCCUAUAUUGCCCUUGAUGUACCUGAGCUUCGUUUUCCAGGUGUCAGAGCUCUCCUAUAUCUGGGGGCUUUUCCGGCUGGUGCUCAGCAGAUAUGGGGCCAAUAUUCUCGAACUGUGGGAACUCUGCUGCGGCUGCAACGCUCCCGAUCGCCUGUGGUUGGUGGUGCAAAGUCUCCAAUUAUGGGCCUUCUUUGCUCUCUUCACUCUCAUUCCCACGCUGACUUCCCUGUGCCCAUCACAACAGCAGGAGCAGUGCAGGGCAUCUCUCAUCUCCAUGUACACCAUCAUCCUGCUCCUCUUUGCUGCGCCCUUGUUCAUUAUCCCCACAAUCGACAUCACCAAGGCCAAACGUGGCUCCAGGAAGCAGCAACUCAAGAGGCGAGACAUCGUUGUCUUCAUCAUUAUGUUCUUCACUCUCCUCAUUCUCCUCUUCAAUUCCCUGCAGCAGAUCGGAUAUUUCUCUGUGUCCUCAGAGGUUUUUUUCCUGCUCACCUGCAUCCACAGCACCAUCAAACCCUUCAUCUACUUCUUGGCAGGGAGGUGCUGGAGUCCCUGCUCCAUGGAGUCCCUCCAGCUCUCCCUCCAGAGGGUCUUUGAGGAGGAAAAGGAAAAAAAACCUACCAGCAGUGAUGAUGCCCACAGGGACACAGGGGUCUGA